AUCAUCGCUCAAAAAGAACGAACCAGGCGACCGACCGACAGAGUUCAGUGCAGAGCCGACAUUUUGUUUCUCGUCGAAUCCAGCCAACAACCGCAAAGUCUGUUCGCGAAGGUUUACAGGCCCGGAGGAAACAUCUUUUUCUCGUUCGGAAACCCACCCGGGGGUCGUGGUCCAAGUGAAGCAAUCAGAUCGUCGCGAGCUGUACGGUUCUGCCGCGGAUUAUUCCCGUUUCGGUGCGAAAGUUGGUCGAAGACCGAGUGUUCUUUUCUUUUCGUUCCGUGCGCUGCGGACGUGGACGUCUCUCUUGUGUUGCGCUGAAAAAGAAAAUCGCGAACAAGGAAUCCAGGACGGGCAUUUGCAAGUGCAGAAUAAAUAAAGGGCUCCGGUUUGGUUGAGAAAAAGAUAGAAUCGGUGAUGUGCAAGAAUCGGUCGUGAGUCAAGCUGAUCCUGAGAAGAAAUUACUCAUAAUCGGAUAACGUCGUCGAGGGGGAAAGAUUAACAAAUCACAGCUUUAGCAGUGUGUUUGUGCGAAGAACGUGACCGAAUACGCGGAUCAUUUGGAUUAAUACCAGUAACAGCAGCAGCAGCACCAAUUUCCUUGGCCGUUGAAGAGCGGAAAGGAGAGCAGUUGGGACAACCACCGGAGCAGCAAAGAAAAACAGAAACACGAUGGGUACCCGCGAUGAUGAAUAUGAUUAUUUAUUCAAAGUUGUGCUAAUUGGAGACUCCGGCGUCGGUAAAAGUAAUCUGCUAUCGCGAUUCACUAGGAACGAAUUCAACUUGGAAUCGAAAUCAACUAUAGGAGUAGAGUUUGCUACCAGAAGUAUAGAGGUCGACGGCAAAACAAUCAAAGCCCAAAUAUGGGAUACGGCCGGUCAGGAACGCUACCGAGCGAUCACGUCCGCGUACUACCGGGGCGCAGUGGGCGCUCUGCUCGUAUACGACAUAGCGAAGCACCUAACGUACGAGAAUGUGGAACGGUGGCUGCGGGAGCUGCGUGACCACGCCGACCAGAACAUCGUGAUCAUGCUGGUCGGUAACAAGAGCGAUCUGCGGCACCUGCGCGCGGUGCCCACGGACGAGGCGAAGGGAUUCGCCGAACGGAACGGCCUCAGCUUCAUCGAAACGUCGGCGCUAGAUUCGACCAAUGUUGAAACCGCAUUCCAGAACAUACUCACAGAAAUCUAUCGAAUUGUGUCGCAGAAACAGAUCCGAGACCCUCCAGAAGGCAGCGUGAUUAGACCGAACCUGGAAAACAUCGACGUAAAGCCGACCAACCCAGCGACCGAUUCGGUGCGAAAACAAUGUUGCCAGUGACCGCCACAAGCAGAAACACCACGAUCUGUUUUUAGUUCUGCUACUACAACCACUAGAACUACUACUGCAACUGCAUCUACUACUAUUACAACUACAACUAUUACUACUAUUAUUAUUACUGCAGCAAUGGCAACAUCAAGCAAGAUCUUUCUCAAUAGUAAUAAUAGUUUCGGUAAUAUGCUUUUGAUUUGAACACAAGAAACCCAAAACCUAAAGCAACAUGAAAUGAAAUGUUAUUGAUUGAAAACAAAAACAACACAAACACCCCUUCCCAUACCUACUAAAGAAACAAAGAAAAAAACAACAGAGAAUAAAGUAGUCAAAUUGGGAAACAAACAAAGAAAAAUACCAACUAAUUAAUUAACACACAUACUACUAUUAUCCCUCCUUAAAACGAAAAAAAAAAACAAAUCAAAUGUCAAAAUAAGAAUUUUUCGCAGUACUAGAUGUCCAAACUUUUCAGCGAGAGUAGUCGUUGAACAUAAGUAUUUGUUGUUUGAAAAAAAAAAAGUGGAACCGAAGAGUGCUAAUCCCAAUCUUUUGUAUUUUCUCAACCAUGGCUGUUCCCUUUGCAAUGGAAAUUUUCUCACGCAAAAACAAUGAAAAUAGUAAGAAAACGUCAUUUUUCGUUUGUGAUCGACAUGAAAUUGAUGUUUGCACAUUGCUAUGGAAGAAAAUAUGUUCACGCAAUCGUUAACAAAACCUCUAUUUAGUUUUGCUAUGUGACGUCACGGAUGAGAUGUUGUGUUCGUGAUGAUGAGAUAUGUUCAUGUCCGAUAUCCAUCGGAGGUUUGUUGGAAAAGGUUCAUCAGUUAUGCAUAAUUGAAUUCAUUGUACAAGAAAUACCCGAUUUCCUUAGACAACAAGAAACAUGUAGAAGAGCUUAUCAGCUUACCAAGUAAACAACAAUUUAUUUUAAGCGGACUAAUGGACUUUUCAAUGUUAAAAAAACGCUGAUAGGUCAAGAACUUUGUUAGCUUGAACACCUUUUUUUGACUCGUGAAGUCAUCUGGCAGGCUCAGAGAAAAAAUCACAACAGACUGGCUCAUUCGUAACCAUUCAUUUCGGAUCUAGGACUGACAGAGCGAACGGAUGAAAGUGUUUCUUAUUUUUUUGUUUUUUUUUUCUUCGUACAAUUUCGGUGAAGUUCGUACCGGGUUGGAAUAUUUCACAUGCAGAGAUAAAUCACACAGCAGAAAUGCAACGCAAGCUAGUAGAAAUUUCGCUUUAGUAAAAAAAGGCUGCUUUAUGCUGCAGGAAAGACGUAAUAUUCGAUAUGAAGAUGCAGAUCAACCGCAUAUACAGAUUAACACGCAUGCAACAGCAAAGGAAGGAAACUGAAGUCGCAGUAAAAUAAAGUCGUAUAAAACACACAUAGGUGAUAUGCGGGAGGAGAAUGAAGUAUAUUUUAAAUUAAUUAUGAUCAAAAUGGUAAUUACAAAUAAAAUUCACUUGGAGAAUAAAACGAUACGCUUUGGCGAGUGUA